AUGUCCUUGGCUCACGAAGAGUGGUAUCUUUGUCGAUUCGCAUACAAAGCAACGUACAUAACAGCCUAUGUAUUAUGCUCAGUGUCUUUGUUGACAAUGGCGGCCAUAAGCGUGGACAAACUUCUCGCCCUGUUGUCGGAGCCAAGAUACAGACAAAUUGUAACUUUAAAGCGCACCUACUUCAUGGUAGCAACCUUUUAGGUACUGCUUGGUGUCGCUGGUUUAUGCUACAUUUUAGACUACCGAAUAGAUAUGUGGUGUGGCCGUAUAAUUAUACCAUCUUGCCUAAUAAUCUCAGCCGCCUCGUACACAAAGAUUUUCUGCGUUCUCAGUCAUCACUAG